CUAAUAACGAAACGACAUCCGAAGACAGUCGUGGAGAGGGCCACGCGCCGGGAACGAAGCUAGUCGCGGGGACAUGACGUGGGCUCUCCAUCACGGCGUAUCGCCGAUCGCGCGAGAGUAAGCGGAGUUAGUUGCCAGCUGAUGGCUGGGUCGAGCAGUCACGCGUGCGCGCGUUCACGUAACCGCGUGUGCAGAAUCGAGACGAGCGCUCUCCCUCGCGAGGUCUAAAGUAGCGUGGACCGCAGCGCGAAACGCAGCCAAGUGGAGUCGAGUCGUAGAUGCGUUGUUAUCGCCGUCGCCGUCGUAACUUUCGUGGUAGCGCGGGAUGCGCGCCAUUAGGAUUCGCUAAUUUGCCCAUUUCCGCCCGACGACGAGGACACGUGCACGAGGAAUGUCGUCGGUGUUCUCGAAGCUGAUCGACGGCGCGUCCGCGCGCUACGGCGUACGGCAGGAGACGAUGACGUGCGGCGUCGCCGGCGCGGCCACGGCGCUCUAUCUCCUCAAACUCACCUACCCGCACAUCCUCGCUCGCCUCAAACAAUCCAUUCGCAAGAAGAGCAACCAGUGUCACGCCAGGCGCAACGGGAACAAUGCCGUAUCCCGAGACAAUUCCCCCGGUGACAACUCCGUCGGAAGUGGCGGAGGGAAACAAAGAUUAUCAGUCGGAUUGGAUCGCGAUUUUUUCCGGCAGUUGAUGAUGUUGCUGAAGAUCAUGGUACCGGGAUGGCGUACUCGGGAGAUGGGUCUGUUGGCAUGCGCCACGCUGACGUUAUUGACGAGAACCUUCCUGUCAGUGUAUGUGGCCGAACUGGAGGGCCAGAUCGUGAAGAGGAUAGUCUUGCGCGAUUUACACGGCUUCGGCUUGAUGCUCGCGCGAUGGUUCGCCAUUGCCUUACCCGCCACCUUCGUCAACUCCGCCAUCAGAUAUCUCGAGGGUCGGCUGGCGCUUAGCUUUAGGGAGCGUUUGGUAAAGCAUGCCUACAAAAUGUACCUGAGUCAACAGACUUAUUAUAGGGUAUCAGCUUUAGACACUAGGCUUGGCGGGGCCGAGCAAAGACUGACAGAUGACUUGUCAGAGCUAGCCAGUUCUGUAGCGCAUCUAUAUUCUAGUUUAACAAAACCGCUGCUGGACUGUGCUUUAGUCGGUAUAGCACUUAUUUCAUUUUCACACAAAAUGGGCGCAAAAACAAUACCAGGACCACUAUUAGCGGCAGCAGUUAUUGCUUUAACCGGACAAGUUCUGCGUUUUGCCUCACCGAAGUUCGGCCAGCUGGUUGCUGAAGAAGCAACACGACGUGGAAAACUAAGGGAAGCGCAUGCUCGUAUCAGUGCGCACGCAGAAGAAAUUGCGUUCUAUGGGGGUCACGAUACAGAACAUCGUUAUCUGAACUCCGCUUACAAGUCUUUGGUGACACAUUUGCAACGUAUUCUUGCUGUCAAACUAUGGUAUGUGAUGCUAGAACAGUUCCUCAUGAAGUACGUGUGGUCUGGCACAGGACUUCUCGUUAUCGCAAUGCCGUUGCUUUAUAAUACGGCUACGUCAUCGGGAAGUGGGAUGAUUAAUACGGAUGGCGAUGGUGGUGUGAGUGAGCGAACAAGAUAUCUGACAACUUCGAAAAAUCUUUUGAGCUCUGGGGCAGAUGCUGUCGAACGUCUUAUGUCAUCUUAUAAAGAAUUGGUCGCAUUGGCGGGGUACGCAGCACGCGUCAGCGAAAUGCUAGACGUGUUUAAGGACGCUGCACUCUGCAAAUACAAGAGAAACAUCGUCACCAGUAGUCCAUCGAGAUCCGUUCCAAACGGUAACGCUCAACAAUUGACGGAAAAAGUAAUCGAAUUUAGUAACGGCACACCAAUAAUAAAAGGAAUUGUUCGUGAAAGCACAGAUGGCAGUAUAAGUCUUAUUAACGUGCCGAUAGUCACGCCUAAUUGCGAAAUAAUUGUACCUAACUUAACAGUCCACAUAAAACCAGGCGAUCAUCUUUUAAUUACUGGACCCAAUGGCUGCGGCAAAAGCUCUCUCUUCCGGGUUAUUUCCGGUCUCUGGCCUGUUUAUGAUGGAACUCUCAUCAGACCAGCUGAAAGAAAUUCUUCCGAACAUGGCAGGCCUGCCCUAUUUUAUAUUCCACAAAAGCCGUAUAUGACAGUGGGUUGUCUUCGUGAUCAAAUCAUCUAUCCAUCGCAUUCUGGGUCGGAGAAUUGCUCGGAUGAAGAAUUGCUACAGUUGUUAGGAGAUGUGGAUCUACGAGGUAUCGUAGAACGAGAAUCAGAAGGUUUUGACGCUCUUGGCGAUUGGGAUUCCACUCUAUCGGGUGGCGAGAAGCAACGGCUCGCAAUGACACGACUUUUAUAUCACGCUCCACAGUAUGCUUUGUUAGAUGAAUGCACAAGCGCUGUCAGCCUUGAAGCUGAAGGAAUAAUGUAUGAAACCGCAAAGAAAAGAGGAAUUACUCUGUUGACUAUCACUCAUCGAGUGGCAUCGCUCGCUAAAUAUCAUAAGUUACUGUUGAAAUUCGAUGGAGAAGGCGGCUGGACUUUUGGCCCAUUAAAUAUGGAUGGGUUAUCGAUAUUACCGAAUCGAGAAACUAAUAAGGAAGAAGCAGAACGAGAGAAAGCAAAGGCCAGCCACUAUAUGUUGCAUGAGCUGCGUGAUAUACAUCCGGAAAAUACCUACGUGGGAAUCAGUUGAAAAAUAAAGUCUAUGGAAUUUUGUAUUACAAAUGAAAUAAAAAAUAGAGAAAUAAUUUAGUUUGAAAAGAUAAUAAUAUAGAAUACGAAAUGAAAA